CCGCCAAUCACGUCAUCAGUCACUUCUGAGGUGACGAAGUAAUUCACAUAAAGACCUGUGGAGGGCAGCAACACGCCUAAGAUCGCCCGGUCUGCCGGAAAUUAAAGAGAAGAAGAAGUCAUCAGUCACAGUCAGUCAUUACACGAGACCAAGCUCGCCCCUCCGCUGACGACAUGUCCUGGAAAGGAGUCCACCGGGGGGCAACCGCCGCCUUCCCGGGAGAGGAGGACGAAGACGACCAGGACGAGACGUUAAAUGUUUUGCAGCAGGAAGAGGAGAAGGCAGAAGCUGAAGAAAAAGUCGAUCCAAGCUUGCUGACUGAUGACCACCUGAAGGCUGCUUUGCUUGCACAUGGCGUCAAAAUUGGGCCUAUCGUGGACACAACCAGGUGGUUUUAUGAGAGGACGCUGAGGAGGCUCCAGGCUGACGACGGACAGAAGACGUCAACCAUCGAAACAAUCGUCUUGUCUUCUGACAGUGAGGACAACCAAGCAGAUUGCGAUGGACAAGAAGAGGAAGACGAAUGCAGCAAGUUAAUUGUUUUGCAGCAGGAGGAAGAGGAGAAGGCAGAAACUGAAGACAAAGUCGAUCCAAGCACGCUGACUGAUGACCACCUGAAGGCUGCUUUGCUCGCGCAUGGCGUCAAAAUUGGACCUAACGUGGACACAACCAGGUGGUUUUAUGAGAGGACGCUGAGGAGGCUCCAGGCUGACUACGGACAGAAGACGUCAACCAUCGAAACAAUCGUCUUGUCUUCUGACAGUGAGGACAACCAAGCAGAUUGCGAUGGACAAGAAGAGGAAGAAGAACGCAGCAAGCAUGCUGUCAUUCGCAGCUCCCAGCUGAAAGUUAGCAAACCUGUGUCGACGUUUGAAACCAAGGUGUUGGCCGGAUCCAUCCAGAGUUGCACUUCUCCAACGGAGAACUUCAGCAUCACUCAAAUGGUGCAAGAGAUGGAGGGUCGGAGGUCAAAGGUGAAUGACUGCGAAAUACGCCGACGUUGGUCUUCGUCCGACUCCGUGGACAUGACGGCAGGUGUGGAUGAGAGGAGGCAAUCCCAACACUUUACUCCAAUGGUGUCACUUUCUGAAAGACAAGAAAAGGAGUUACUUCCUGACAUCGCGACCACACCCACGGCCAUCAGCGUGGCCUGUCGCAGGCCCAUCAAGGGUGCGGCGGGGCGUCCCGUGCGGUACCAAAGAAGGCCAAUCAGUCCCAGGACGGAGGACAGGAAGGAAGUGGAGUGUGGCUUGGUUCCCGUUCAGGUCCAGUUUGUGGUGUUUGUGUUCUUGGCUGUGCUUCUCUUUGUUGUUGAAGACCAGUCUCUGAGUCCACUCCUGGUCCUGGUCUACAACCUGGUGACUUCUCUCUGCAACACGGAGUCAAACCUGCAGGAGACUGUAGCACUGUUAGGGCAGGACUAAAUGUUGACUUAAAAUGUCAAUAUAUUUUUCAAUAUUUUUAAAACUUGUUUCAAUAAAAAUGUUGUGCUUUUGUA